UCUGUGUCGACACGUUUCCGAGGCGUCGUUUUAAAGGGACACUGCGUUAAAAAUGACUCGCACUGAGUUAGUGGACUGUGCCGAUUGGAAAUAAUACCUGUGGGGUUACCAAGGUGGCGACGCAUCGGGAGAGGAAACAGCAAAUAGUAAUGAAAGCGAGAAGGGGAGAGUCCUCUUUAGUGUGACAUUAGUAAAUUCAAGACCAAGGAGCCUGACAGGUAAUACCAGAGAUGGCUAUUCUUUGUAGCUUUGCGGACGUUUGAUGGACUCACUACUGACAUAAAGACAGAUUCUGGACCUGUGUGCCUCUCAGACGUUGAAAACGGUUACGUCUCCGUGACAGUUUUCAGCUGCCAUAAUGGAGAAAUACGAAAAGCUGUCCAAAAUUGGUGAGGGUUCCUACGGUGUGGUGUUCAAAUGCAGGCACAGAGAUACUGGCCAAAUAGUCGCCAUCAAGAAGUUUGUGGAGUCUGAAGAUGAUCCAGUUAUUAAGAAGAUUGCAUUGCGAGAAAUACGUAUGCUGAAGCAACUCAAACACGUGAAUUUGGUCAACCUGCUCGAGGUGUUCAGGAGGAAAAGGCGGCUCCACUUGGUGUUUGAGUUCUGUGAACAGACAGUCCUAAAUGAGCUUGACAAACAUCCCCGAGGGGUACCUGAGGCUCAGCUGAAAAGUAUAGUAUGGCAGACUCUGCAGGCUGUCAGCUUCUGCCACAAACACAAUUGCAUUCACCGUGAUGUAAAGCCAGAGAACAUCCUCCUCACUAAAACCGGAGUCAUCAAGCUUUGUGACUUUGGCUUCGCCCGUAUUCUGACGGGACCAGAGGAUGACUAUACAGACUAUGUAGCAACCCGCUGGUACCGGGCUCCUGAGCUGCUGGUCGGGGAUACUCAGUACGGGCCUCCUGUUGACGUGUGGGCUUUGGGCUGUGUCUUUGCCGAGCUCCUCAAUGGGAACCCACUUUGGCCCGGGAAGUCUGACGUUGACCAGCUCUACCUCAUCAGGAAAACUCUGGGUGACCUGAUCCCCCAUCACCAGCAGGUCUUCCGCUCCAAUGUUUUCUUCAGUGGAGUUAGCAUUCCUGAGCCUGAUACAAUGGAACCUUUGGAAAAGCGCUUCCAUGGAGUGUCUCCCCAUGCCCUUCAGGUUAUGAAGUCAUCCCUGGUGAUGGAUCCUUCUUUGCGCCUGUCCUGUGAAGAGCUGCUAGAGCUGCCUUACUUCCAGGAGGAAGGAGGACUCAACUAUGGCCGUGAGGGGGAGCGCCUAGGAAGACGACAUGACAGAGGCUCCCGCCGCAGACAGGCUGGGGCUCAGUACCUGCCUCAGUUACCAAACAGUAACAUCUCACCUGCACCAGAAGUCAAGAAACAAGUGAAGCAAAAAUAUCACCUGCCCAACAUAUAAUAAAUAAAUUCAUCUAGUGUUUA